CGUCGAUCAUAUCCAGCCGCGACGGGGGAAACAUAACCUAUCGUUUACAACUCACGUCGUAAAGUAUGGACGCAGUUGAAUCUGCUACAAAGCUGGAAAAUAAUGUGCUAGAAGGCGCUGCUGAGCAGCAAGAACCUGUUAAAACUGAAGCCGUUAACGACGAAACUGCAACACCUUCUUCAAAAGAGGCCCCAAAGACAGAAUCCACGAAUGAGGAAAAACCAAAGGUUGAAGAGCCUGCAGAGGCCGAGACCAAGCCAGAGGAAGAGCAGGAAAAAAAAACCUCCGUUGAAGCUGAGGAAAAGGACUCAAAACCAGAGAAAUCGGCACAUGUGAAGUCGGAGCCUGUCACCAAAAAGGAGUCUCCUAAAACUGAAUCAAAAAACCGGAAUGACAAGUUCGCUCCAGGGACAGUCGUUCUUACUAAGCUCGCUGGUUUUCCUUGGUGGCCGAGUAUUGUAAUUACUCCUGCCCAAAUGACAAAAACAGCACUUAGAAACAAACCCAAAAGGGGAGACCAUUACAUCCCCGUGCAGUUCUUCCCAAAGAUUGAGUACUACUGGGCAACGAAGGAUAUUUUACGUACUCUUUCAAAGGCAGAGAUUGAGUCGUUUUUGGAAAACCCCCGGCCAAAGCAAGUCGGUCUCAUUAAAGCCUACAAGAUGGCACUGACGCCUCCAUCACUGGAUUCUAUUAUUCCUCCUGAAACAGAAAGCGAAGAGUCUUCUGAUGAAGAGGAGGAGAGUGAAGAGGAAAGCGAAGCUAGUGCCAAUGAAGCAGAGGAGGAGGAAGAGGAAGAAGAGGAGGAGAAACCUCGACGCAGCAGCCGUCGUUCUACAAUGACUUCUUCCGCCGCCUCACGGAAAAGACGAGCUCGGUCCACAAGCUCGGCUGCGUCCUCUCGAUCAAGAAAACGUGGACGUCGCACACCCUCGGAAGAACGAGUAAUCGAGGAUGAGGACGAUAAUGAGCAGGAAGAGGAGCAGCAAACGCCGGCCGCUAAAGCUCCCUCAACGAACACAACAAAGGAGGACGCAGAGAUGAAGGAUGACCACAGCUCCGAAGCCUCUGUUGCCCGGGAAAAGGAAAGUGAAGAAAGAACACAUCGUUCUCGAGAACAAUCCCUAUUCUUUCUACGACACAAGUUGCAGAGCAUACUUCUCGCCUCUGGCAGACCCACUCCUACGGAAAAUGAGAUGAAACAGGUCUCGGAGUACCUGCAUAAGCUUUCGACGUUUCAAGGCAUUGAUGUUGAAUUGUUAACGAAGACGAAGAUUGCGGUGGCACUUAGCAAAGUUCUGUCGCUCUCAAAUAUUCCAUAUGAUGAAAAGCUGGGCAUUAAAGCCACUUGCCGUGAUAUUAUUGAACACAAGUGGGUUGACGUACUAAAAGUGAUUGCUGAGCAACGACAAAGUAAGGCUGUACCAGAGUCUACGCCUAAGGAAGAGCUAUCACAAUCAAAAGCAAACGGCACCCCCGAAUCAGCAGCUAUGACAGCAGAAGAAGAGAAGCCUGCUAAGCCUGCCGAUGCGGCGGAGGCCAAGCCCUCGGAGGAUCAAAAAAAGGAUGACACUCUGAUGCAACAACCAGUGCAGGCAUCAGUGACACCAUCAUCCACAGAAGUUAAACAGGAGGCAGUGCCCCCGGCUGCAUCUGUUGAAAGCUCUACGAAUGCCGCUUCGAGCACUGCCGCGGAAAGUGGGGAAAGUGCAAUGGACUUGGAUGUACCCCCGGCAGGAAUAACAGCAUCGAAAGAUGUCGCUAACGUGGACACGACUGCAUCCUCUGGCACUGCGACCAUGUCUGAAGAUGUUGUGGGAAAUGACAACUCUGCUAUGUAGAUUUUUUGACUGGAUUUAUAUUCUCUAAUCUCUCAGGCAAACGGUGUUUGGAGAUUUGCUGUACAAUG